CAUACCCGCGUCGGAUAGGACCGGUUUUUUAAACUUGCUUGGGAGACACAAAAUAGUCAUCUAUGGUGCGGAUACCUGCAAGAAAGUAUUGUGCUACGGGACUUCUAAUAGCGACGUUUCUGUGUGUCGGUAUAUGUAUCUGGCUUCGAAGGCAAUGGUAUUUUUCUCAACAUCGUGUUCCUGGAGCACACCCACGCGAUUUCGCCACUUCAUGUUCAAACUGUCCUCGGCGUACAUUCUUCUUCGUGGAGACUUCCGGCACAGACCGACUGAAUGCUCGACAAGCUUGUUCCGUAGAAUCGGCUGCUGUGCACCACCCAAACAUUACUGUCAAGCUGCUGAUGACCGCAAGGCCAAACGCUGCCUCCUUAUACCUGCGUAUCCUCAGGAAGAUCCGCAAUAUCCGCAUCGGACGCAUCAUUCCUCAAGCAGCCUUCCAGAACACUUCGCUCGAGUCUUGGUACGUGUCUCCCUCGCGACUGAAGAGCCCAUUUGCAGUAGCCCAUCUUAGUGACGCGCUAAGACUUCUGCUGUUGUGGCGUCAUGGAGGAUUGUACGCCGAUACUGACGUCAUCGUACAACGGUCGAUGAUAGAUCUAAGGAACGUUUUGGGAAAGCAGGAUCAUCACUCCCUAGGCAAUGGAGUGCUCGUCUUCGACAAAGGUCACCCGCUGCUGCUCGAAACGAUGGAAGCAUUCUCAAAAACUUAUAACCCCAUGGUGUGGUCUGGAAGCGGGCCGCUGCUCCUAGAGGAAGUUUUGAAGGGCCACUGUUCAGAUUUUCUAAAUAAAACGGGGUACGAACGGUGUGGUGAAGUGGAUGCAUUACCGACGAACGCUUUCUAUGCUGUACAGUACCCGUUUUGGAAUGAUCUCUUCAUUCCCCAGAGGACGGCGGAAGUGCUGAGGCGAACAAAUGACAGUUUCUUGAUCCACUUCUGGAAUAUGCUCAGUAGGAACACACCCGUGUUUGUUGGACAGGGUUCAACCUACGAUGUUUCAGCAAGGAAACACUGUCCCUCUGUGUACCAAGCGGUGAAAAGGAUUUUUGUGAGUUUUUAAUGCAAAGUUGGUCCUGG